UAUAUGUUUUGUUUGUUUGUUUAUUUGCUUAUGUUUGUUCGUUUCUUUAUUUGUCUGUCCUAAAACAAAAAUGCACGCUUUGCUUUUCAGAACCUCUUCUUGCACAUGGAUUGUACAGUCUAACGUAGAUGAUGGGAUAGUCCAGUUUAGAAUAGUAAACUUUUCAGUGGACGCUUCUGCAAGUUGUUACGCCGAUUACCUAGAAAUUAGAGACGGUUCCUACAGACUGGACCCUAAAAUUAUUAGAUGGUGUGGAAAAAAGCCAGCUAGUAAAAUAUACAAAACUACUCAGAACAGCGCUCAUUUUUCAUUCCAAGCGGUUUCAUUCGGUAGCGAUGCCAGUGGAUUCUCUUUGCAGUUUUGGACAACAGUGAAACAUCGUGUUCGAAGGGCAGAACCCGUGCUUACUGUAGCGCAUUACAUUCUGGCAGGAGUUGCGGCCCUUAUUCUGCUCUCCUUCAUCGUUACCUUGGCGAUUAUUGUGUGUAUUCGAAGUUACAGAAAUUUUGAGAGAAUAAUAUUGUAUUAUGAUAUUCUAUACGUGACAGACACAGACAAAAAGAAACACAAUAAAGUCUAA